GCUGCACUGCUGAUGAAUGUCUGAUUGUUGUCUCUUUUCAGGAGAUGGUUGUCCUCGAACAGGACUAGGAAGAUUCCCACUCUGUGACUCAAACAGUUUUACAAUGCCCAGCAAGGGAGCCAAGCCCAAGGCACAGAAUACAGGCGGCAAGAAGAAGAGUGGGAAGAGGGCUGCCGGCAGCAAGAAGAAGAAGAAGAAGGAGAAAGCUUCCAAAUCUCAGGUGGAAGUGGACAUCAUGAGUCCUGCAGCCAUGUUCAACCUGUACUACAUCUCUCACAACGUGCCUACCUGCCUUGCUUAUCGAGGCUUCCUCUGGCCUGGAAGACCCAAGAAGAAAGGACGGAAAUAAAAUGAUUAAAUAAAGAAAAUAUAUGUAGAAAUAAAUAUCUAAUAUUCUAACAUAA